CGUGUUUCCACACACACGUCUCGGACAAUCCGUAAAUCCACUUUCCCUCCAAGUCCUCCACAAUGAAAGGCCCUAGCAAGAUGGCGGCACGCCCCAAAGCCAAACCGGCGAAGAAGGCUCCGGUGAAGAAGGCAGCAGCGAAGAAGGCCGCAAGCGCACCCAAGAAAACCAUGUGCAAGCGAGCCGCAUCUGCGAAGCCUGCAGCUGCCGCAGCUCCCGCCAAGAAGGUCAAGAAGAUGGUCGCCAAGAAGGCGGCGACCAAAAAGGCGGCUCCGAAGAAGGUCAACGUCAAGAAGACUGCGACCAAAAAGGCAGCCAAGGGCAAGGGCAAGAAAUAAAUGCUGGGACGCUUCGUCAGUUCGCCUGGCGCAUGCUGCUCAGGUCUCUUGCAAGGAUAAUACGCUUGUCACCGUUUUCCGUAGAUCGCCUCGCUGGAUUAACAUAAUAGGCGGGGUUGUGUCGUUCUUCGCCUUUCAGACAUUCGUGGGAAGGUCUUGGCUCCACUUGGAAAGAGGGACGGAGGUGCUGUGUCUCGCGCAGCAUCUCGACGAGACAGGGAUUCGCUGCUUUCUGCGGCGACAAAAAGUGUAAGACACGUGCGACUUCAGAACGAGUGUCCUCUCGGGUGAGAUGGGGUGCCACGACUGGCCUCUUUCUCCCCGACUGCGGCCGAAAUCUUUGCGCCGAUCCACGAAGAAGGACCGACAUUUUUUGGCAAUCUGUUUUCACGAGAGUUUUUCCGAGCAGCCUUUCUCUGCGGCAGUCUGCUGCAUAGAACGGCGCUCCUCUCUCCUUUAGGCUUCUCUAGAAGCCACCAUUCGUUCAAAAAAAAACGAGCGCUACUUCCAAGAAACAAUGUUUCUACUGGUGUGGAGUAGUAAUCGCAAGAGUCGAGACACUGUUUUGAGAUACUUUUCGAGGCAUUGUUUGUUUCCCCGCUCUGCUUGCACGUCCGCGGUCUACAAGCCAUCAGGUGAAGCUGGUAACGCGUUUAUGCAAGUCCCCGAGGUGUUGUACUGACAGCACUACACAAUACAUGUUUUGUUGUCUCAGGUAGUAUUAAUGCGUUCUAGAAUGGUUUCGUCACACAUCUGGGCGCUGUCACUUCUGAAGUGGAAUUCAGUGUCUAAAUGCACACGUGACACGCAUUGCAAAAACUGUCUGAAGGGGAC